CUUGAGGCUGCGGGGGGAGAGCGGCGCGGGCGGCUGCGGCGGUGCCGGAGCGGUGCCCUGGCAGAGCCCCGCGGUGCGUUCAGCCGUGGCGUGCGAGCGGGACCCGGGCAGGGUGAACCCUCCUCUCCUGACGCUUGUUAAAAGACAAGCCGCUGUCAUACACGAGUUGGCACUAGCAACCGGGUAACAGCCGAGAACUGAUACGCAGUGGAAUGACGAUAAAAAUCGGGAGGGGAUGUCUCACUUUACAAGUGAAGAUGAAGCUCUGUUACAGUCUAUGCUUAGGCAGCUGCUGCGGAGUGUGAAGGAAAAAAUCACUGGAGCCCCAUCAGUAGAAUGUGCAGAAGAGAUUCUCUUGCAUUUGGAGGAAACAGAUGAAAAUUUUCACAACUAUGAGUUUGUGAAAUACCUUAGACAAUAUAUAAAUAAUACAGUGGGAUCUGUGAUUGAAGAAGAAACAGAAAAAUGUACUUCUGCUCAAAAUCAGGGUGAAGUAUCUGGCUAUGACACUCUUGUCCAACAUGUUACUAAGAAGACCCGUGAAUCAAAAGAAUACAGAGAAAUGAUGCAUGCCUUGAAGAAUGUCAUGAUGGUUGUGAUAGAAUCUUUGAUUAACAAGUUUGAAGAAGAUCGGAUGCGUAAUAAGGAGCUGGAUAGUAAACCAAAGAAAGAACGUCAGAGUGGCUAUUACACAGACAACUGUUCUGACAGUGACUCCUCAUUCAACCAAAGUUACACGUUCAUGAGUCAAGAACAAUUACAGCUGCUUGUAGAAAGGCUUGACCCUAUUCAGCCUAAGGAAGUUCGCCAAGAAGCAUUGCAGACACUGUGCUUUGCCCCUCCCUCUGAUGUACUGAACUUUGAGAGUUGGCCAAAUCUGCGUAAGCAUCUGACGAUGUCUCUGUCAGAUCCUGAUGCAACAUUCAGUGAGAAAAUUCUUAGGUUCUAUGCAAAAGCCUUUUCUUCUUCUCCAUUUAAUAUGACAAAAGAUGUCUAUACAAGUUUAGCAAGACACUUAGAGUUGUACUUCCUUUCUGGAGAAUACUCUCUUCGUAUUUCAGCUGGUCUGGAUGUAUCUAACAAAGAUAUAAAUUAUUUACUUAAAAAGGUCCGCCUUUUAAAUGAGUACCAAAAGGAAGCUCCAUCCUCCUGGAUUCGUCAUCCAGAAAAGUACAUGGAAGAAGUAGUGGAGAGUACCUUGUCACUUUUGUCAGUAAAAGAUGAACCUAAUCAUCCUGCCUCUCCAGAUUUUUUGAGUCCAAUCUACUUCUUAGCUCUGCUAGAUAUCAAAGCGAUAUGGUUUAAAAAGUGGACGCAUGCAUAUUACAGCAGAACAGUGGUACUUAGGCUUUUGGAAAAGAAAUAUAAAUCUUUGAUUAGUGCAGCUGUUCAGCAAUGUGUUGAUUAUUUUCAAUUUUGCAAGGCAUCAGUUAAUAAAAAUUCGGGAGUCGAUGACUUCUCGCAGCAGCAUCGUAGUGAUAAGCAGAACUCUUCUUACACUGGACCAGAAUUGCAGUACGUCUAUUUUGUUCAUUCACUGUGCCUUUUAGGAAGAUUGUUGAUCUAUAAGCAAGGCCGAAAUCUCUUUCCAGUACAGCUGAAUAAUAAAAAAGAUCGUGUAUCCAUAACCGAUCUGUUGGUAUUGUUUACUCAGCUUAUUUAUUACUCCCCAAGUUACCCAAAGACAGCUUUGGCAGCACAUACAGACAAUUAUUCUCCAGCAAGUCUUGUUAUGGAGAUUCUGCAAGCUUUUUGUGAUCAAACAGGAUGUGCUGCUGAAUGUUUAUAUAUGGAUGCAGUGAUAGAUGCCCUACUUCAUCCUGUUCAAAGUUUACUGAGUGGCACACAGAUGUAUAUAAAUUGUCUUGAAACCACUUUAAUUGAUGUAGCUGAUAUUUUGGCAAGGAUUGCUGCUGUAGAAGAUGGUCUUUCUCUUCUUCUUUAUGGAGAAAAUGAAAAAACUGCCAAAGAAGAUAGUCCUACAGCUGUUCAUGUAAUUGUUCCAUUUACAAAGAAGCUUCUCCGUGAUGAUAUUUCUCUUUUAUCUGGAGCCGAGCUUUUGCCAGCUGUUAAAGGAGCUUUCAUUUUCGUGUGUCGUCAGAUGUAUAGAACUUGUGAAGGUCUGCAGAUAUUACUUCCUUAUGGCUUGCAUGAGUCUAUAGCAGAGGCCUGGAAAAAGAUGAAUUUACUUUCAGAAAGAGUACCUACUCCUGUAACUGGUGCAGACCUGACUUCAUCGAUAAGUCUAGAGUCAAAAAACGUUUUGUUAUGGGAAGAGACUUUGUUAGAUGCCUUGCUGAAUUUUUCUGCCACACCCAAAGGACUGUUUCUGCUUCAUAGUACAGGUGCCAUAAAUGACUGUGUGAACUUUAUAUUCAGCAGUUUAUCAAAAAAACUCCAGACUAAUGAAUAUGAAGAGUUUGAUAAUAGAGUGAUUGUUACACAAAUGGCAACAACACCAACAGGUGCAGUAGCUCUACAGAAUUCAGGCUUUAUAAAGGCACUUGUAACUGAAUUAUGGGCUCUUUUGGAGUGUGGAAAAGAUGAUUUGAGGAUAACUCAACCCAAAUCUACUCCAGUUGACCCUAUUGACCAAAGCUGUCAGAAGUCUUUUCUGUCUCUGAUAAACAUGCUCACUUACCCUGCAGUUUUUGAGCUCCUGAGUGAACAAGAUAUACCAAAUAAACCAAAGUAUUCACUCCGCGAAGUACCUGCAGAUAUUAUUGAUAUCAUUGACAGGCUUGUAAUUUUGAAUUCAGAAGCUAAAAUUCAUUCCUUAUUCAAUUAUGAACAAUCACAUAUCUUUGGUCUGAGGCUGUUAAAUGUGCUGUGCUGUGAGCUCAAUACCCUAUUACUCUUGGAAUCUCAGUAUAAAGUGUCACAAGUUUUACUAACUGCUCAGGAGGAAAAUGUCACAGAAACUUCAGAAGGACCAGGAGAUUUUAUAAUUGAUGGUCUAUCAGUGGAGAGAAACCAUGUUCUUGUAAGGAUAAAUGUGAUUGGAGGACCACAGGAAAGGAUUUUGCCUUUGAGAGACCUAGAUAAGGGCAGUGAUCCAUAUCCUUGGCCAAUGUUUUCAUCCUUCCCAUUGCCAAAGUGCUAUCUUGCAGAAGUUUCAAGGAAAGCUGAAUACAGACAAGAUAAAGAUCUUGACAAGCUUCUAUCACUCUUGAAAAGUCCAGAGAAGCAAACUGGAGGGACAGAAAUUUGUAGGCAAGAGUUCUGCAAAGUUAUGAAAGCCAGACCAGAUAUCAUCAGUGGAACGGUUUUGGCUGAAUUAAUUGAAAAGUUCGUGUCACAUCUUUCUGAAAGCCAAUUGGAUUGUUAUUUCAGCACAGGAAACCAUGAAGCCGUGGAUGCUGCUGUGAAGAAAGAAAGCCUUUCAUCUGUGCAGCAGCUUGGUGUUGAAAUGACAGUCAGAUAUGGAAAAUACCUAAACUUGCUAAAAGAACAUGCUGAAAAUGGGCUGUACUUCGUGUUAAUGAAUUGUGAGAAAUUUCUGAAACAGCAGCAAAGGACUGUGAUAUCCUCACUUUGCUGCUUGCAGGAGCGCUAUGCUGGAUACGACUGGUUUGCAUCUUCUGUGUUCCUCAUAAUGUCAGGGGAUGGGGAAAAGACACUGAAGUUUCUUCAGCAAUUUUCACAUCUUCUUGUUUCAGCAUUUCUCUGGCUGCCAAGACUGCAUGUAUCUAUGCACCUGCCUAUUACCACAGUGGAAUCUGGCAUCCAUCCAGUCUAUUUUUGCAGUGCUCACCACAUUGAAAUGUUGCUGAAAGCCGAAUUGCCACUUGUCUUUUCAGCGUUCCACAUGUCUGGUUUCACUCCGUCCCAGAUUUGUCUGCAAUGGAUAACUCAGUGUUUCUGGAAUUACAUGGACUGGAGUGAGAUCUGUCACUACAUUGCUGUAUGUAUUUUCCUUGGUCCCGAUUAUCAAGUAUAUAUGUGUGUUUCUGUGUUCAGACACCUACAGCAAGACAUCCUGAAGCACACUGAAGCCCAAGAUCUCCAGGUUUUUCUUAAAGAAGAAGCACUCCAUGGAUUUCGAGUGAGUGAUUACUUAGAAUACAUGGAAAGCUUGGAGGCAAUCUACAGACCUAUGUUGCUGAAAGACAUGAGGAACAUCAGAGUGCAGAAUCCAUAGAUGAAGCAAACAAGCACUUUAAUUUCCAGUUGUGGAUAGAUCCUUUAAAAGGAUGCUGAUUGAUUGGUAAAUUAAACUCACCUAAGAUAAGUCAGGCUGUACAUAUUGUAAAUCAGAAUCCAGUUUUUGGAAAAGGUCUUAAUCUAAUUUUCAUGACCUAAAAUACCACAUUUUUCCAGACAGACUGUAUGUGCAGCCACAUUUUCAGUUAACAGAAGGCAGCUUCAGAACUCACUGGUAGGGUACCGAAGUGUCUUCCUCAUAAAGCCUUGAACCUGUUUGCAAUUCGUUGCAUUAUUGUCAUCUCCUUGUAGCACAGUCCUAAAACUUUUGUAUUUUGAUAGGGUCUGACAAAGUGAUUUUUCUUAGAAAAUGUGCAUGAAAAGUCAACAAAUCAAAAACAAAUUCCCUAUACACAGCUGUUCUGAGUUUGUGGAUAAGGUUCAGAAAAUGGGGUGUUCCAAUACAUGCAAUGAAAAGAAUGAUAUUCCUGUCCCCCCCUUUUUUUUUUUUAAUAAAGUAAAUAAUUUCAUGUCAUAAAACAUGCAUUUGUAACAUACAUUCUUCGUCUGCUCUUUGUAUUUCUGGAAAAUCAUUGCUUUUAAAGAUUCUGGUUUCAUUCAGGCAGGAAACUAAGAAGCAGCUUCAUCUGUGCUUGCUUUAUAUCAUCAAUGAAAAGCAAGAAUGAAAGCUGCUAAAUAUUUUCUAACACCAGUGCAGUGUAGCUAAAAUUUCAACGUUGUUGAUUAAAAUUCCUAAUUUCAGAAGAAACAUGGUUUUAUUGAGGAGUGCUGCAUCCCAUUUGCUUUAAGGAUAGAUUUUAGGUAACAGUCAGUGGACAGCAGAGGAAACAUUCUAGCAGCUUUCUUUUCCAUAUUCUAUUAUAUCACUGUUCUCUGUUAAGAAAUAAAUACAUAUUUGUGCACCAAUUAAUAGUUGUUUUUUUAAAUCCAAAUUUCAAAGCACUAGGCAUGAUGUUGGGUCAAUAAAUGUCGUUUAGAUGGCAUAUUCCUAAAAUGAAUAAUAGAGUUGGUUUGUCAAGAAUUAAUAAAUGCCUUUGUAUUUGAUCAAAAUUAUGGCUAAUAAAAUAAUAGUUAUUGUCAA